GUUGAGAUACUCUUGAGUAGCACAACUUUUUCAGCCGCAGCUGAAGCUUGUGGGAAGCUUAUACAAGUUCUAUAUACAUAUCUUCAUGUUUUCACACGAGUGAAGUGGGGUUUUCGUUGUCGGAAUGGACGGUAAAGUCAUUGGACCGGGCCCGUACCGGGCGACCAAGCUGUGGAAUGAAACCAUUAAACUGUUCCGCGGAGGCAUGCCGCUGAGAAGGCACUGGGCACACUUCCGCUGCUUUGAUUGCAGUUUCACGGGGUCCGAGGCUGUCGAUUACCUGCACGAGCUGCUGAGGCGCAACUACAACUUUGGGCCUGAGGUGAGGCGCUACCAGACUCUGCAGCUGCUCAGGAAGUUCCUCAAGGCCCACGUCAUUGAAGACGUCAAAGGACGCCACGGGACGGAGGACUUUGAGGACAAUGGUCAUCUGUACAGGUUCCCGACCUCGUCCCCCCUGAAGUCUUUUCCAACGAGGCCUCUGUUGAGGGACAGCAGUGACCUUCCUCGACUCAUUCGCUGGGACGACUACGAAGACUUGCCUCAGCGGGAGAACAUCGCGCCCCUGAAGUCUUCGGUCAUGACCUCAGACCUGUGGAACAAGCGGCACAGUGUAGCUAUUGGGGAUGUGCACGAGUGCAAGCUCAUACGAAGGAAGGAGAUCACUCCAAAGCAAGUGGACCACAUCUGGAAAUCAAUGACCGUUGCACAUUUACAGGGAGUGCUGGGUCUGCAGUCAAUGGACGGAGUUUUGAACCCCACGCAUGUCAACGGCAAGCACAUUGUUCACAAUGUGUUCAGCGUGAAUAAGACGGGCAUCGUCGUACUGGAGAACAAAGCCGAGGACAUGCCAUAUUGGGUGGUAUCAGCAAUGAAAUGCCUCGCCAAUUGGCCUAAUGGCAAUGAAAGCAAACAGCCAGUGUACCCGGGUUUUGAGAGGGAUGUUCUGAGAACAGUAGCAGAUUACUUUCAGAGACUCAGAGAACCACUUCUGACUUUCCAUCUGUAUGAAGUCUUUGUCAACAUUCUCAGUCUGCUGCACGAGCAACAAGUAGCCACUGAGGCUCUUCAAGUCUGCUGUCUCCUGCUGCCGCCACCCAAUCGGAGACGCCUCCAGCUUUUGAUGCGCCUCAUGGCCCGCGUCUGCCAGAAUCCCCACCUGCCUCCACUCAAUGACGCCAUUGCUACCCGCACGCUGAUGGUGCAGAUGUUCUCACACUGCGUCCUGGGCUCAGUGGAUGAGAUGGACUUGGACGAGCUGCUUGCCACCAAACUGGUGAUCUUUAUGAUGGAGCACCACAACACCAUCUUCCAAGUUCCUUCCAAGCUGCGUUGCCAGGUCGAGGAGCACCUGUCCCACCUCAAAAGAGUUCAAAUCAAAUACGCAGGUUCAGAUACAGACUUCAGCGCCUCUCCAGCUUUUUGUAAACAGAUCCGCCGGGUGGAGGCUGAGGAGCACAAGGUGAUAGGAACCCAGACCCCUCUGCAGGCGCUGCUGGAAGGCCUGAUCGCAGACAAAGAACUCCCGCCCAAGGACAAGAGGAAAAGGCUUAAGCAGUUCCAGAGGUCGUACCCAGAAGUCUACCACAACCGGUUUCCCACUGAGGAAAGCAAAGCGGCCGUAGUGCCUGAGAAAGCCCCACGACUCAAACCUCACCUCAUGUUCUUCAACCUCAAGCAGCCCUUCCAGAGGAGCUGGAGUUUUAGGGCGUGAUC